AUGGCGGAGUCUCAGGACACUCCCCAAGCUGUUGAGCACAGCACUAGCGCUCCAUUGUUGCCCCACUUACAACAACAACAGCAGCUUCAGCAGGAAACCUCCAAAGUAGACUACGAUCAGGAAGCAAAGAAGCUGGAAGAUAAAGCGGUGAGAUUCUUGGCGAAGCAAGCUCAUCCAGUGAUUGUGCCCUCGUUUUCCACAUGGUUUAACUUCAAUGAGGUCCAUGAGAUUGAACGCAGAAUGCUGCCGGACUUUUUUGACGACUCAACCCGAUUCAAAACCGAGAAGGCUUAUUGUGAUGUCCGCAAUUUUAUGAUCAACACCUACCGUCUGUCACCUUACGAAUACCUCACUGUCACUGCAGUGCGGCGUAAUGUGGCAAUGGACGUGGCAUCAAUUAUCAGAAUUCAUUCGUUCUUGGAGCAAUGGGGGUUGAUCAACUACCAGAUCGACCCCAGAUCCAAGCCUUCGCUUCUAGGACCCAGUUUCACGGGCCAUUUUCAGAUUGUACUAGACACCCCGCAAGGUUUGAAACCAUUCAUUCCAAGUAAAGUGGUGCAAAGUAAUGAAGCACCACAAGAAACGCCGGCUCCCGUACAGACUGCAAUGGCACACGACGACCAAACAGUAAAAAUGGAUACUGACAAGCCGGUCGAACAAUUGAAAGAGCAAGCACCGGAAUCUUCGAUUGCUCCCGACGUCAUUGCACCAGUCGACUCGGAGGUUCCCAUAGUCAAGGAAGAAUUCAGACAGGAUGUGGAGUUUGCUCAGCCUGAGAAGUUCCCCAUCAAUUUGGCCCUGCGCAAAAACAUAUACUCAAGUGCACAGAACUUCAAUGCACUUCAAAAUGACACACAGCAAUCCAGACAAAUCAGUAGAACAUACAUCUGCCAUACUUGCAGCAACGACUGUGUGGGUAUACGCUACCACAAUUUGAGAUCCCGAGACACCAAUAUUUGUUCUCGUUGUUUUCAAGAAGGUCAUUUCAGCGCUCACUUCUCGUCAUCGGACUUCCUGCGUCUUGAGAAUCAAUCACAGGUGAAGAAACAGUGGUCUGACCAAGAAGUUUUACUGCUACUCGAGGGUAUCGAAAUGUACGAAGAUCAAUGGGAUAAAAUUGUGGAGCAUAUUGGAGGUUCGAAGACCACCGAGGCUUGCGUCGAAAAGUUUCUCACACUCCCGAUCGAGGACAAAUACAUCAAUGAAGUCACACCUGCUUUCAAUUCACAGACGCCAGAAAAGACUCUUUCAAGUGUGACAGGAACGGUUGACGCGGCAGUUAAAGCUCUUCUUCAGGGUCUCGACGAAAAGGUGUUAAAUGGAACAAUCCCACAAUCGGGGCGCCAAAUUUCAGAAAAAUACUUGCGUGAGGCGCAAUUGGUUGUUCAGGAUUUGGUAAAGCUUAACCUGGAGAAAGUUGAUCUCAAAUUUCAAAAACUAAAUUUGAUUGAAAACACAUUGAGCAAGGAAAAGCAGCGUUUCAUCAAGGAGUCCGAGAGGCUGUUGAGUGAGCGCCAGUCAUUAAGCAAACAAGUCACUGAGUUGAACGAAGAACUCGGCAGACUUAACGUCUCUAAAAAACUGGUAUUGUUAUCAGAGCAAGCAGAUUCUGGUGUCAAGCUGGUCGAAAAAGAUGAGGAAACUCAAAACAAGAACAGGCUAGUGAAGGGUAUAGAUGAAGCCCAUAGUGUAUCUCACGUCGAACCCCAACAGUAUAAAGCGUGGUCAUUGUCGUGA